AUUCGCGAACUUGAAAUGAAACUCGAUGCGAAAAAUGAAAUUAUCGUGAAACUGCAAGAAGAUCUAGAGAAGCUCAAGUCGGCCAUGAAGCCGAUUGUGAAGCAAAUCAACAAGAGGUCCCCUUCAGGUGACCAGGGUAGAGUCAAGAGGGUGGCCAUAUCCGCGGAACCCACCUGUGUGGAGAGGGUACGCAACUUCAGCCUUAAGAAGGUUUCGAAAUCGCCAGAAUCCAAAGACUUGAUACAGAAGGCUAUUCUUGACAAUGAUUUCAUGAAAAAUUUAGAGGGAAUUCAAAUAAAAGAAAUAACAGAUUGCAUGUGCCCUGUGGAAUAUGCUAAAGACAGCCUAAUUAUUAAAGAAGGAGACUAUGGCUCAGUUGUGUAUGUCAUGGAAGAGGGUAAGGUUGAAGUUUCGAAAGAAGGAAAAUUUCUAUGCAACCUUGGACCUGGUAAAGUUUUUGGUGAAUUAGCAAUUUUGUACAACUGCACCAGGACUGCAACAGUGAAAGCUGUUAUGGAUUGCAAACUAUGGGCAAUAGAAAGACAAUGUUUCCAAACCAUAAUGAUGAGGACUGGUCUUGUUCGACAAGCAGAAUACACAGACUUCUUAAAGAGUGUCCCAACAUUUAGAAAUCUUAAUGAGGAAUUCUUAAUAAAAAUUGCGGAUGUUUUAGAAGAGACAACUUAUAAUGAAGGUGAUUACAUUAUUCGACAAGGUGCAAGAGGCGAUACAUUUUUCAUUAUCAGUAAAGGAAAGGUGAAAGUUACUAUGAAAGAUGCAGGCUCUGAAGAAGAAAAGUUUAUUCGGUAUUUACAAAGAGGAGACUUUUUUGGGGAGAAAGCCUUGCAAGGUGAAGAUGUUAGGACAGCCAAUAUUAUUUCAGAUGAUCCAGAUGGUGUUAUGUGCUUAGUGAUUGAUAGAGAGUCUUUCAACCAAUUAAUUAGCAACAUAAAUGAAAUUAAGGACAAGAAUUAUGAUGAAAUGGUUCCAGUGAAGAGAAGAGUGGAUGAAGAAUUUUUGAAAUUGAAACUUUCAGAUCUGCGUGUAGUAGUUACUUUAGGUGUCGGUGGCUUUGGCAGAGUUGAAUUGGUUCAAAUUGCCAAUGAUCCAGUUAAAUCUUUUGCUUUGAAAGUGAUGAAGAAAGCCCAAAUUGUAGAAACCAGACAACAGCAACAUAUUAUGUCUGAAAAAAAUAUCAUGGAAGAAGUUGACUGUGAUUUUAUUGUCAAAUUAUAUCGUACUUUUAAGGAUAGAAAAUAUUUGUACAUGCUAAUGGAGUGCUGCUUGGGUGGUGAAUUGUGGACAAUUCUAAGAGACAAAGGUAAUUUUGAUGAUAACACAACACGCUUUUACACGGCCUGUGUUGUUGAAGCGUUCGCUUAUUUGCAUGCAAGGAACAUUAUUUACAGAGAUUUGAAACCAGAAAACAUGAUUCUUGACACCCAAGGAUAUGUUAAGCUGGUGGAUUUUGGUUUUGCAAAAAAGCUCCAAAAUGGCCGAAAAACAUGGACUUUUUGUGGAACUCCAGAAUACGUUGCUCCUGAAAUAAUAUUAAACAGAGGUCAUGACAUUUCAGCUGAUUAUUGGUCUCUUGGAGUCCUAAUGUUUGAGCUUUUGACAGGAACGCCACCAUUCACAGGACCUGAUCCAAUGAAAACAUAUAAUAUUAUUUUAAAAGGUAUAGAUGCAAUUGAAUUUCCUAGGAUAAUUUCUAGAAAUGCAAUGGCUCUAAUAAAGAAACUAUGCAGAGAUAAUCCAGCCGAAAGGAUAGGGUAUCAAAAAGGAGGAAUACAAGACAUUCAAAAACACAAAUGGUUUGAUGGCUUCUACUAUGAUGGACUGAGAACACGAACAUUGGUUCCUCCUAUUAUUCCUCAAGUGCGAAGUCCAAUUGACUAUUCUAACUUUGACCGAUAUCCCCCUGAUACAGACCCUCUUCCACCCGACGAUUUAUCUGGUUGGGAUACUGAAUUUUAAAUGAACAUUUUAUAGAACUUUAUAAAUAUUUAAUGAAGAGGAUGAAAUAAAUUCAGUCAACUGAAGUGCCAUAUUGGCGCGGAUCACAAGAUUUUUACUGUAUUGUCCUUUUCUUAUGAUGGAACUUAGUUUUGAUUUUAAAGACUUUUACGGCGCAAUAUGUUGUGAAAUGAAAAAGAAGAAAAAAAAAACAUGUAUGUAUUUGUAUACUUGAAUUUCCUGAGAAGUAGAUUAUAUUAUUAGGCGUUGUAAGGAAGCUCUUAAGUGAUUGUUUUGUGCAAUAACAUUUUGAUCUAAAUGAAUUUUAAUGCAAAUUUAUUGUCAUUAUGUUGUAUAUUUUUGUUGUCAUGAGGCUAUUAUGGGAAG